UAUGUGGCUUUUACAGUUUCUACACGAACAAACACGGACACGGACGGUAUUGCGGCCGGUGACGUCAGCGUCCAUAACACAACAAUCAACAACACGGAUGAUAUUGCACCUCUCGCACGGAUAAGAUACGGACGGAACAUUAAUCGGCUUAUAUCCUGUGGUUUACGAUAGCUAAGCUAAGCUAACAGUUAGCGGGACCGCGCUAUCUGACAUUAACCGAAAGGAAACAAAGUAACUGGAACUAUGAACUGAUUUAUGACCGUAUUUGAAACCUCGUGACAAGGCACAACUACAAAGCAUAAUCAUGUUCAGUUUCCUUGGACUCCGUAAGGACUCAAAGAAGUCAACAUCCGACAAAGAAAUAGAUGGAGGCUUUGUCAUCAUUGGUGAGACGGUUGAAGAACAGAGGAGGAAGAUACAGACCAUGAACCUCACACAGCCGUCAACAAACGUCAUAGUGCAGCCAUCAAGGCCCUCCUGUAAGGCUCCAGCCCCUCCCACUGACAUAAAGUACCCUGUAGCUUUCCCCACAGCAGCGCCAACAGCAGGGACCUGCUCAGGGACCUCAUCAGUGGAAGCUGCUUCAACUCUCCCAGAUCUGCUCGGGGACGUCCCCUUCACUUUGGCUCCCCACGUCCUGGCCAUGCAGACGGGGCUCCCUCUGAUUCCUGACGUGCUGUUGUCCCGGGACAUAAACUAUAACCUAGCUAAUUUUCAGUAUGACUUCACUUUAGAGAACUCUGUGCUCCAUAAUGCCUAGUCUGUUACAAUUUUGAUAUUAGUCCACUCUGUGGGGAACUUGGCUGAUUGUUGGUCAUGUGAGAGGCUCCAGCGCUACAGCGUAGUAGCAUAAUGAACAAGUAGCUGACACAAUUGCAUUGAACAUAAAAUAAGCUGUAGAACUGCGGAUUAAAACUUCUGUUACUAACUCCUAAUCCAUUUUUAAUGUAGAAGCAUUGAAAUGAAAUGACAAACAUUGAAAAGGACACAAGGAAGCAUGAGAAUAUUGCUGGCUGUACAACUGAUGACUGAAAAGUUCUAACUUUACAGCUUUAUAGGAACUGAAUGGACUUGUGGUUUACUUGUUUCUUGUGGUACUCUCAACAUGAACACGGUUAGCGCACCUGCUGUUAACUUUCAUGAUGGAUAUGAGCCUGGUUUUCUUGGUUAAGACAUCGUGAUUGUCUUGUCUUUAGGCACAUUGCAGAUACAGUGAAGUACAGUGUGUUAUCACUGCUGUUGUGAUGUUGACGGACUGUGGACAGGGUAAUUAAGGUUUAUUACUGCUUGGGUUUCUUACAGUUAUGAUCAAGAAAUUUGCUGAGAUCUGGGAACAUUGGUACAGAAAGUCGGAAGGGUAAAGCCAAAAGGGAACACGCCUGAAAUGUUGGUGCCAACUGUGCACACAAUGACCAAGACCAAGACUUUGGUCAUUGAACUGUCAUAGAUGGUUUACAACGGUGGUGUUUUAUAAAGUUUGGGUAAUAAUGUUACCCUUCACCUUUGUCUUCUCUUCCAAACGCUAACCUGGUAACCUUGUUUACAACCAGAUCUGUUCAUGUGAUUACAAGAAUUCUGCUACCAGCACUGAACCUGACAGGUCCGUCCAAGAUAUUGGGUUUUAGGCAAUUUUUUGUGUACUGGUUUGAGUUCAUGUUUGGUUAUUUUCAAAUAUAUUUUAUUAGAGAUUCCUCUCUCCAACUGUGCCAAUCUUCUGGGUCUGUGUGGGUCAUCUGUUGCAAGUAGAUGCCUAGAGGAAAUAGCGGAAAACACAGUUGUAGCCAAUUAUUAUCAAAGCGAAGGUAAAGCCAACUCGUUCUCAUUUCCAGUUCGUCAAAUACUUCACAAAUCACUUUGCCACACACCUUUGGUACGCUCUUUUGUCAUGCCCAUUCGCAACGGCCAUUUGUCACGCCCUUUUGUGUGUUGUAAUGAUGCUAAAGGCACCCUUUGGUGUCAUUAUGAAAGGCAUCGGGCUUUCAGCUAACUUCAUUGUCAGCCAAUCGCGACAAUACUUUGUGCUGAGAGCGCUGAUGUAGUUUAAAGAGCAAAAAAAAAUAAGCAGAGACAGUCAAACAAAACUGGACUUUCACCCAGGAGACAGCUGUUUGUGUCCCACGAGAAACCAAAGAUCAGUGUUGUUUUAACAUAACAUUUACGUAAUUUACAUUGGUUGUUGCGCACUGAUAUCACUCACAUGACGCUUUUACGUUAUGUAACAAACGUAUUUUAACCCAAAACAUAAUAAUCUUUUUUGUACACCUUACCAAGUAGGUUUGUUGCCUAAACCUAACAGCCACCGUUUCACAACAUUUAACACGUUACAAUGUGUUUCAGCUGUGUGUCACAUCGAUGCGCCCUGUGCGUCGCUAUGAGACGCCAAGGGGCAUGACAAAGCAUCAGUAUUGGAUGACCUGGAAAUGAGAAUGGGUAUGUAAACCAUAAAUAUAGCUUCAGGGCUCAGGUCAAGUUCCAGUCUCAGAUUGGGAGUGCCAGUCAGCUGUAGUUGGGUUUGGUCUUAAAGACUCAGGUACGAGCCACUUUCAGGUCUCUGUUUUAGGUCUUCUGACUGCUUGUGUGUCUUACCCUGUCAGGCCUCCAUUUUGCCAGAUCUCAGCAGUUAACUUGAAGAGUACAGUCUAUUUAUUAAGGAUAUGAAUGGUGGCCAAACUACCAAAUAAAAUCCAGGUUGUACUUAAUUAGAAUUAUCCUUUAAGUUAAGGUUGAUAUUUUAUUGCAUAGGCUUCAGGUUAGUUGAAGAUGUGACACCUCGAUGAUGAAGCAUUAACUUUUAUCAAAGCUUAGAACUUGGACAACAAAUAGCCUACCUCCCAUUGAGCUAAACCCAAGUGUUCAACAGAAUCAUUGGAUGGAGGAAAGUACUUAUUCAUGGCAGGUCUGGGAAUCAUCUGUGUACAAAGAGCAAGAGAUUGUUUGAAUGAUGAUGUGAAAAUGAACAGUAAGACAGUUUUUACUAACUACAGCUUUUGUGUAAUACUUUAAUAUGCGAUUUAUAUAUUUGAUGUAGCACCUUCUGCCAUAAUUAAGGUUUUGACUCUUGGUGACUACAAAUCACCACCAUGAUUGAAUUUCUCUUCCUGUAUGUGGCCUUCCCUUUGACCCAGCAUAUUCUUUGGCCAGCAUUAGUUUAUUGCAUUAUUUAUUCUGUUUGCAUUUCAAUUAGUAUUUGCUUUCUUGUGUUCAUGGCACACAUUUUUGUCAGAAUGAAGUCAAAUAUAGUACAUACACAAUCUGCUUUGGCUAGAAGUCUGCAAAGAGGUUGGUGCUUAGCCCUGACAUACUGUAAUUCUCAAAUAGAGCAGCCUUUACUGACCUCAAUGGUAAUCUCAGCAUCUUCUCCAUACUUGGAUUAAUUCAUGAUAAUAUACGAUACUUUCCACAGCAGUACAUCCAUCAGCUAAACAGUAAAGUCAUGUCUCUUCUUUAAAAAGAAAAGCUUUUAUUCAUUUACAAUGUUCAGCUCCUUCUGCUUUGUGCUUUUUUUAUUGUGAAGUUACUAUUAAUAAAAGUCAGCAUUUCCUCUUCUGUUAUUUCACAUUUUAAGUCCUCAAGGCUUCCCCUUCCUGGUAGGCUUUCAAAGUUUUGCGUUUUACUGACGGGUUAAACUUUGAAUGGUUCCUUGUUUGAUUCUCUCAACAUUAGUCUUGAAAAUUCUCUUACUGUUUGUUCUGACGGUCACGUGACAGUAAGCCAACCUUCAGUUUUAAUCCGGUUACAGUCUCAGAGGUGCAGAAAGCCCUCAAAUUUAGACACUAGACAAUUUGCAGGUCCUGAACUUGUAGCUGAUUUAAUGGACCACUUUUGACACAUCGUUUUGAACUAUCACUGGACAUUCCCCUUAUAUGGGAAUCCACUUUUGUUCUCCUGCUGUUUGCUUGUCUGUCCUGGUUAUGGUUAUGCCAAAAUAGGCAAUCUUGCAAUACACUCUCCACUUGUAGUGACUACAGCAUUAUUAUUUUUUGAUUGUUACCUUUUUUAUCACAAUUUAACUGUUUCAAUUUAAAAUUUCCCAACACAGACUUUCAGUUUUAUGCAGAUGAUACUGUGAUGUAUUGCUCUACAUCUGCACCAAACCAGGCUCCUUGUCAGCUUCAACUUGCUUUUAAUACCCGACAGUAUACCCUGUGUGAUUUAAAGAAGCAGUGUGGAGGAUUUAGUGGCAUCUAGCAGUAAAGACUGCAGAUGGCAGCCGGCUGAAACUUCUCCCGUUUGCUAACGCUAAGCUCCUGUGUUAAUUGUUCAGGAGAUUUUUACCAGGAGCUCAGCACCUGCUAGUAUGGGUUCAUCUUAUUUCUCUGAUAACUUAGAAUCUAGGGGUUCAGGAGGUUUUCAUCGGGAGCCGAAUUAUCUGCAGAGGUCUCUUCCUGGUCAAAACAAACGGACCAGGUGAUCUGAAAUGGUAAAAACACAGAAUAAAGCAGUUUAAGGUUAAAAAUCAGUGCUUUUUCAAUGCUGUUUGGCUACUUGCAGAGGGGCUGCUAACUACAGGGACCGAUGUUAAAUCAUGACUGACCCUAAUCUUUGAGCCAGUGUUUGGUUUGUCUGUUCUGAGCUUCUGUAGAAACAUGGCGGUGCAACACAGACAUGGGCUUCCUCUGUGGGCGAAGACCUGCUCCCCAUGUAGAUAAAAACAGCUCAUUCUAAGGUAACGAAAACACGACAAUUCUUAUUUUCAGGUGAUUUUAUUCUAAAGAAAACACACUUAUUACAUUAGAUUCUUUUUUGUCAGUGUAUCCUCCUAAAUCCAACACACUGGACGUUAACUCACCAAACAUUUCAGUGAGCCCUGGUGCACGGAAGCAUCUGCAUUUGAUGUGUUUCACCUCUCUUUAAUUCAAGUUUUUCCUUUAGUAUUUCCCUUGUCUGUCCAUGAUGCUGACGGCCUCCUUUAUUCUUGCUGGUCACCGUCUUUAUCUGAAUAUCUUUUACAGUACUUGAUUUAAUGCUGGUUUAUUGCUGGUAAACACUAUAAAAUAUAGGGGGUUUAACUUGAGCAAUUAUUCAUCUGCAGGUCUUGAUUACAUCGAUGUGUGCAUCCUGGUUUGAAUUACAUUAUCAACAGAUCACAUGAAGUUUGCUCAGUUGAUGUGCUUACAUAACCAGGGUGAUUUUCUUUAGUUAUUUUGUAAAUAUGAACUUUUAAAAUGAGCAUAGAUCUUUUGCUUAGACAAGGAAAUACAUUUGCAUGGAGUCAGGAUUUUACCCAGGAAAACACCUUUUGAUUGUUUGUAUAUGAUCAAAUUUGGUCUCUUCAAACCUAAUGUGCCUUUAAUAUACAGUCAAUAUACCUUUCAAAUUGUCUUUUAGAAGUACGCAUUUAGUCACCUGUUAACUCCCACUGAAAUCUCUCUCUGAAGCAAUCUUAUGCCCUGAGUUAAAGUACGCAUUUGCUGGUGCUGGAAAUGUUUUCAGUUGGUUGUAACUGUGGACAGAAACUUACUUUACAAAUAAAUUUGAAGAGCAUUGUCUAACUUGUGA